UAUAAAUUAAUUUAAGUGUAUGAAAACAUGCAAGCCUGCAUUUUGUGUCACCGAUAUUAAGUGCGUUGCGGUUUCAACGAAACAGACUACUUUAAUAUCAUUUUUUAUUUUCUACAUUCAGUCAUUCAUUUUCUACACGUCUCGCUUUUGUGAAAAUGAAGUAGUGAAAAUUUUACUAAUUUUUUAAUUGUAUUUUAAAUGUAAAAUUUAUUUAGUUUUUAAUUAUUUAAUGAAAAUAUUAUCGUUUACAUAUAUAUAUAAAUAAAAGUAAAUUAAUGAUUAGAAGAAAUUCCCCUAAAGUAGGCCAAACAAAAAAGAAGUCAAAGUAGAAAUUUUUCGUUCGUUCAGUUUGUAAAUUGUGUCAACGCGAAGUGCUCAAUGAUAAAUUUGUAUGUGUGUUGUGAAAAGUAAAUUGUACUACAAUAAUUUUAGAGAAAUUUUUUUAAAACUAAAUCCAACUCAGAAUAUAUUUUUAAUUUGAAAUAAAAUUAAUUGAAUGAAAAUAGUCAAUGGAGACUACGCAAAAUUCUGUAUAAAGUGUAAAAUUCUUUGUUUUAAUCCAGUACUCCCUUGAACGGAGCAGCGUAAUACUUAACGCUGGCAGUGACGUUGACUGCAACGGCAGUCAUGAUGCUUUGGAUGAGCAUGUAAGACAAGAGGAAUGGGACGUUAACGACGCAAGCAGUUGCUUUUCGUUCACUCGAGGCCAUCCAUUCAGUUGUUGUUUUUAACUUUAUUUUUUGCGCUUUCUCAUUUAAAUCUUUUACAUUUUGGAAUUGAUGAAUUUUUAUAAAAUAUAUAUAUAAAAAAGAAAUGUUUAAAAUAUUUUACUGUUCGUCCAAUCUUAUUGUCGUUUGUAGUGAACAUAUAUACUCAUAAUACAACUAAGCAUGUGAAACGCAGAAAAUAAUUACUCAUGCAACGGGUAACAAUAUAUAAAUUUUUUAAAUAUAUAAAUAAUCAAAACGAAAAUUAAAGGAAGGCGAACGACCAGCAAAUCAAAAGCAAACAAAUUACCACGAAAAAAUUAUUGUUCUGUUGAAAGUCAAAGUGAAGUUCAAUUGCAUCAAAGACGCAAAUACAAUAUACAUAUCCGAAAAUGCGAAAACAGCGGACUGUCUCUUUUGAUAACGUAAUACGUUUUCCAGUGUCUGCCACAUUUUUUAGUUACUACGAAAAUGUUUUCCGUUCCAUUUUCGGUAUAAAUAAUAACUUUCGAGUGAUGUUUAUAUAAAUAAAAGGAAAUUUACAAAAUACAUUUGCUGCUUUAAACGUGGUGCCCAUCGCAUCGCAUUACCAUACCACCACAGCUACGAACAGUGGCUCUUAACACGAGAAAAAAAAAUAAAAAAAUAAUUUUUCAAUAUCGCUCACAAGUAAAGUGAAAUCCAAGUUUAGUGACUAGCAAAAACGUAGUGAAAGAAAAAAAUACUGGUUCCGAACAAACAACAACAAAAACAAAGAACAUACAUGUACAUAUUUUGUGAAUUGAGACGAAGAAAGCGGUGAAACGUACCAAACGAACGGACAAAGUGAAAACAAGAAAAAUAGCGCCAGAGAAAAAAGUGUAGAACAAACUUUCCUCUAUCUGUCUGGCUGUCUGCGGGGGAGAUUAAGAAAAGUCAAUCCUAGCAGAGCAGUCGGCAGUUUUGCAGAGCAGCAUAAUUAUUAAUUACAAUAAUUAUCGGUUGAGCAUGCGUGAUUAUUUUGAUAAAUUAAAAAUUAGUUAAAAUCUCCUCCUGAUAAAUAUGGAUUUAAAUAAACAACAUGGAUUCAUUGAAACCAAUGAAGAUAGGUCUAGAGCAAUGUACUACAACAGGGGAAUGAAUAUGAAUGAAUCAAGACAUCACAGACAAUAUUUUAUACCGGAGAGAACAAUAGGCAAUAACAAGGCAUGUGCGUGUUCAAGCAUGCCAGGCAAUAUAAUGUGCAAUGAAUGUAGAACUAAUACAACCACUGAAGAUGGUGGUUGGGGUUCUCAACAUAUAUCAAGAUCAGAUAUAAGGAAUAUUGAUACAAAAGGUGCAAUUAAACAAAAUCCACUUUAUAUCAACUCAAGUGGCAAUAAUAAUGCAUACUGGCAACAAAAUUGUUCGACUGCUGUUCCACAAAUGGACAGAAAUAUCUUAGUUAAGCCUUCCACAACUGAUACAAAUUAUAGUUAUAAGCAACAAUAUCAACAAUCUGAUGGUAUACCUAAUCAUCAACGUGCAAAUUCGAUUAGUACUUACUGUAAGGAACGUUCCUACAACGAAUAUACACCUAAGAGUGAAGUCAAAAUAUCCUACAUGCCCUCAGCUACUUCUGCAGCAUCAAUAUAUAAUAUAGAUAAUCACAAUAACAAUACAGGUGGUGUACUUCGUUCUGGCAAAACUGAUCAACAAGUAAUUAAUCCUAGUAAUAUCCUUUCUACAAAGGAACAACAUCCAAGUCCUAAUUAUGCUCGAAAAUGUCCACAAAUAUUUUCACCUGCAGAACAAAAUUCUACACAUAUGAGUUUGUAUAUGCCAACCCCUCAAUUUAGUUCAGAUAAAUUCAUCAAUGCUCAUAAUCAAAAAUUACGCAUGGAAUCACCACAGCACGAAUAUAGAACAUUGAAUAAUACGACAGUACAAAAACACAUAAUGUCAGAAAAAACAAAAUUGUCAGAAAGUCCAGUACGUUUGUCAUCUCCAAUGACUGGUUAUACAAAUGCAAAUAAAAGCAAAUAUCCAAGUAAUGAAUUGUUGCAGCCAGUUCAGUCAAAUAUAAUGCAACAACAAACGCCUUAUAGAUCUAAUAAUGGUCAAUCAAGAAAUAUUGAUUAUUUUCCACAGAACAAUCCCAAGGUGCAUGCGCCGGAAAUGUCACCCAUCAUAGCAAAGCAAUCUCCUCAUGCUGCUUAUCAGUAUUCUAACUGUACCGUACCACCACCACCACCAACUUCACACAUAUUACCAUUAAGAGGAUCAACAAAUGAUUUAGAUUAUGUUAAAAAAGAAGAUGAUCUGUGUGACAGUCUUGGUGUACCAAAUCGAAAUUUAUAUAUAAAUCCUUAUAACACUCCACCUUCUUCUGAUAGUUGCUAUAAAGAAUCUUCAUCACCUUUUUUGUCUAUAUCUCAUUAUCGUGACGAAUCACCGCACAGUUACAAUAAAUAUAGUAAAUCAACUCAAGAAAUUGAUGUAGCAAAUAAGAUCAUAAAUGUUAAUCAAAAUACUCCACCGCUAAGUAGAACACCUAGUUUUCGAAAUCAGCAAUAUUAUUAUGAAACCUCCAGUAAAUAUGAUGGAAGUCCAUAUGGCACACCAUCUCCAGCAGUGGCUACCGUAGCAUCACCAUCAUCAAUAUUAUCUACACCACAAACUCAAACACCACAUCACAAUGAAUACACUUCACCAUCACAUCGAAUGCAGUCUUAUCAAUCAGCCGCUAUUGAAAAUCGACGACACUCCAAUCAAACGCAAGACAAUGUUCCUUCUCACAUCGAUGCAUAUGAUUUGCCAAUUUCGCAGAAGUCUAAAAUAAAUUGCCCUAAUAAUAUUCCAGCAAUACCAAAUCAAACUACCGGAAUAGUACAAACAGCCCAACAACCCAAGAAAUCUCAUGUUCCAAAACCCAACUAUAAAGAAUUAAUUAAUCAGGCUUACGCAAGGCGUAAUAUACCUGAGGAGGAACUUAAUCUACAAAUUAUAAAAAAAACUCUAAAUGUUGAUACCCAAGUUAUAAGAACUAAUGUCAAUAAUGUUCCAAGAGCAGCAGCACAAGUUGAUAGAGUUCAACAAAGUUCACCGCAUCUUGUAAAUGUAGUUAACAAUCAACCAAAUAUAUCGCCGGCACCAGAUACAUAUAGAAACGAAACGUAUCGUCCAGAUCUUUUACCACAUCAUAUGCAAUCACAAGCGAGAACACCGGUUGGACCUAUAAUUUCAAAUAUAAGACCACCAGUAAUAAAACAAGAAGAAAAAAUAUCUAAUUAUUCCCCCCUGGAUCUUUCUAUGCGUACAGUGAAAACAAAGGCUGAUUCCACUGAAUACAAAUACAAAUGUUAUUCGUCAAGUUCUCCAAGCGUUGACUGCAAAUAUGGUUUGCCAAGAGUAGAUUUUACACCUAAUUUUUCUAUGCAUGCUUCUGAUAGAAAUGUUAUUAUAAAACCAAAUGGACAUUCACGAAUGGAACAAAAUGAGUGCGUUACUUACACAUCAGCAGACUUAAGUCACAUUCCUGCCAUGACUGUGCCGCGAGGUGAACAAACUCCUUUGCCUAAAAAGCAAUAUAAUGAAAGUAAUUCACUAAUAUUUAACAACUCAACCCAAUAUAAAGCAAAUCCACGAAGUGCUGUAAUACCAAAUGAGCCGGCAUUGACUUCAAAAGCUAACUUACAGCGGAAAACCGGUUCUCUUGUAAUAAAAUCAACAACAAAUGCCGUUGUUAGUUGUGAUGUAAAUAUAUGCCAAGUACGCCCAAGUGUACUGGAAACAAAUCCUUUUGCAACUGUUAAAAGUAUAAAAAGUGAACCGAAAAUUUCGGAAAGAAAUAUGUUUGCAGUUGAUAAAUUACCACCAGAUACUAGUAUUAUGCCUUUACCAAAGACUGUAGUAACUGGUCCACCUUCGAAUCCAGGCAUACCUCCAAUAGAUAAAAAAGUUGAACCUGCAACACAAUCGAAUUAUCAUAAAGCAUGUGAACUAAAUCGCAAUUAUUUGGGAAGGAAGCGUCAUUUACAUGAAUACUCUAAUUCCAAUCUGAACUAUGUUGAACCAGUUUCUAAACAACCGCGAUAUCAAGAACCGUAUUCAAAAUUCGAAAAUAUGCGUUCUGCAGAUAUAUCUGUUAUUGCGGUUAAUGAGAAGUCUUUAGAAAACGAAAAAAGUAAAACAGCUGAAAAGUCUAUCCAGGCUGAAGUUACAAAUUACCCACUACCACCUAACCAUAUAGAUAUACCAAUUGUUAAUGAAAACAUAGUUUUUAAAGAGGAGCCUGUAACGCCAACUUCAGAUGUUGUUCCCAUACCAAUUACGCCACCAGUUCCAGUAAAAACAGAAACUAACUUUGCUGCAAGAAUUAGAACGAAAGCUGAACUUAAAGGAUUUACUUUCAAUCCACCAAUUGAAAAUACAGACUCCACACCGCCGAUAAUAUCAGUACUUCCUACUGUAAUAAAGGAAGAACCUUCUGUUCCCGUUUCAAACAUAGAGUUGCCGUCCAUAUCUGGUUUAACGGAGGAUUUUAGUGCCGGAAGUCUUUUAGAUUUUAGUUGGGAUAAUACAUGUAACAAUUUUGUCAAACAGUUACUUACGAACAAGAAAAAACCAAUAAAGAAAAAAUUAAUUAACGUGGUUAAAGAAGAAAUUAGUGAAGAUGACUUGCCUGUUUCUACUAUAGUAAAUAAAAAGUUAUCUAUUCCAACAGCAGAUGUGCAACGUGAAAAAGAUGACUCAAUGGAUUGUUUGUUAGCAGAGAAUAAUAUUUCUAACAUGGAAUCUGCCACAACUACUAAUUCUCAGAUUAAAAUGGACACAAAUGAAAGCAAUAAAACGUCAAAGUCAACAUUUCAUGAGACUGUUUCAUCGCAAUCUGCAAAUGCGAAAAAGAUAGGAAAGUUAGAACGAGGAAAAA